CAUGGAUUCCACAGACUUGGUCGAAGUGGAUUUGCAAUUUGAUAAAAAUAAAAAAUGUUUGGAUCGCUGGAUGGAAAAUUUGCCGGAAGAAGCACAUUCUUUACCCUUGCAUUGCCUAGCAAUACCUGGUUCACAUGACUCUUUGAGUUGUUCAAUCACUCCUCAUUCUGAAAUAUCUCCAGACGACCCAGAGCUGUACAAUUCCUUCCUCAUCCGUGCAACCAGCUGUCUGUCAAAACGCAUUAUUUACAAUUGGUGCUGCACACAGUCUUUUGAUUGCAAACAGCAGUUAGAAGCAGGUAUUCGAUACUUUGACCUGAGAGUUGCCAAGAGAGCCGAAGAUGGAUUAUUGUACAUCGUGCAUGGUUUGUAUGGGGCAGAAACAAAGAAUGUUUUGAAAUCAAUGCAAGAGUUUCUUGCAACACAUUCCAAGGAAGUCGUUCUCCUCGAUUUCCAGCAUCUCUACGAGAUGAACCACUUUGACCAUCACAAAUUGCUGCACCAACUUACAGAAACCUUUGGUCCAAUGUUAUGUCCGUACGUCGCAGACCUUACCGAAUUCACUCUGUCUUGGCUUUGGGAAAGGGGGUUUCAGGUAGUUGUAUUCUAUCGGGAUACUAUUGCACAGUACCAUCCUUUCUUGUGGCCUGCAGAAUCCAUUCCAAAUCCAUGGCCAAAUACAAGAAGCAUCAAGAACCUGCUUGCUUUUUUGACGAGAGGCUACGAGAAGAGAAGAGAGGCCGGGAAGUUCUUUGUUUCUCAGUCGAUUCUUACGCCAAACCUGUUCUUGAUUUUAAGAAAUUUGUUGGGUAAUCUGAAAAGUGUUCUAGUGACAGAAAGCAAUAGACAGCUUCUGAAAUGGUUGGAGGAUAAGCAUCCUGGUCCUCAUGGGUUAAAUAUUAUCAUUUGUGACUUCAUUGACUAUAAUGAUUGUGCUGUUCCUCAAAGCAUUGUCAAUUUGAAUUAUAAAUCACCUAUCAUGUCUAGCACACAUGUGCGAGAAAGCAGUUACGAGGUGGUUUAGGUUUAUUUUUCUUUUAAAUAAACAUUAUACCAGGACUGGGCAAGACAUAAAUGAUAGGUUUCCUUCGUUAGAUUCUUGAUGCUAACAUUUUAUAACGUCAAUGUUAAGCAUUUUGCAAAUGUGUAUAUUGCUUUGCGUAUUUGUGUGUGGUGCCAUUGAAACAAAUUUAUAUUAACAAAGAUAAUUCCAUUUGUUAAAAUGUAAACAGCCAUUAAACUACUUUAAAAUUAAAUGGUGUUAGGUACAACAAAGCUGACAUUUGAAAUCUUGCAGUUAGAGCAACUGUUACAUCAGACUUCCUUAUUCCUACUAGUAAGAGUUGGAAAGUCCUAACAAAAAAAAAACAAGAAAUAUGUUGAUAUAAGUUAGAUUAACUUGCAUAUUUUGCUGCUGUUUUAUCUAACAUCUAAUUGGAAGCAGCAUGCGUCAUCACUGUAUUUAUUUUAGAAGAAGGUUUUUCUUUACAAAAAUAUGAAUAUAUUUUGUAGAAAAAAUUUAAAAUUAGAUAACUUACUAAUAUUCCUUUAUUUAACAAAUAUAAUUUAAAAAUAUUUGUCACAUUUUAUUACUAUAAUGAGUAGGUGCUAGUAUAAAUGUGCUAUAAUUGAAAAAUCAAAUCGUUUUUGAACACUAAUCUUCUGAUUUGGGUUCAGAACUAUGAAUUAUCAAGUAAAAUGCUUUACAGAAGUAGGCAAACUUGAUUAGAACAUAAGUAUUCAAGAUAGAGAAUUGUACUUAAUAUAUUUUUUUUAAUGAAGAUACAUUUAUGUCUUGGAAAAGUUUUGUGUUAAGGAUAUUAUGGGUACUUUUUUAAAGGGGUUAAAGUUAUUUUUUAAGUAGCUUGUGAUGCGAUACAUAAUUUCCAAAAAGAGAGAUCAAUUUAUAUCUUCCUUCCAAUCAAAUAACAUUCAAUGCUGAUUAUCAUAUUGCAAGUGUUUAAAACAUUUGUGCAUAAUCAUUGUCUGAUCAUUGCCCAGGCCUGGAACGUUUGACUCAUCUUUUAUUAAUAGACCUCUGCAUAAGUUAUUUGCCCAAGCAGGGUUGCAUUUGAUUUUUAAUAAUGUGGAUGUGCUUUUUAUUCAUGUAAUAUUUAUCAUGAAAAUGCUGACUUUUUUUUUUUUCUUUUUUUCUAUUUUAGCUGCAAUGCCAUUUUUAUUAUUUUGGGACCAAUAAAAUGUUUGCAAGAAAAUUCAAUAUUAGAAAUUAUAAAUUUUAGGUACAUUAAUAAUUUAAGAUAAAUUUUUGUUAUUCAAUUCUGACACAAAAAAAGUCAUUAUGAAAACAUUUAAAUUAUUUGAUCAUCAAAUGAGUGCAAGAACAAUGAUAACUUGAGUGUUUUCCAAAUAUUUCUCUAAGUUAUCUUCGAGACUUCGGCUUACAUCAGUGGUGCCCAACCUUUUUCUGCCCAAGGGAUGCAUAUUAAAAUCAUUCUCGCAGGCCAGAACACAUAUUAUAAAAUGUCAAGGUAGUUCAUUCCUUUCUAGAUAUCAAGGGAAAAUAAGAAAAAGAAAAAGUCACAAAGAAAUAAUUGUCAUUGUCAUUACUUGAUGCUUUAAUUAAAUCCAUGCUUUUGAGAAACCAAUUUCUGAAUAUUUGACUUUAAGUUUGUAGCUUUAAUUGUGCUUUUCGAUUCAUAACCAUUGAACAAGUCUGUGGGUCACAUGGAUCAGCUUUUCGACCGUAGGUUUGGGCACUACUGGCUUAUGGGAAAUUCUACUCUUCAACUUAUAAAAAUUCAGAUGUCAUGAUGAUGUAUAUAUAUAUGUAAAUUUUUUUAAUGGACAAUUCUGUACCUCAAAGCCAGAAGGUCGUAAGUCACAUUAUGAUAAUCUUACGGUAGAGAGGAAAAACUUUUUUUCUGGCACACACACGUGCAAAAGAUGGGACGCACGCUAUUUUAACCCUGGUAAAAAAUUGCAAAGGAUUUCUUUUUUUUUAAAAGAACUGCGUUCACAUGGCUUGAUGCAGAAUAGGCUUCUGCAUACAAUUUUUUGGACUUACGUCACUCUGGCUCUGAUGUAGAGAAUUUCAAACUUGAAUCUGCAAAAAGAAAGUCAGCUUAUGAACCAUUAUUGCUCCGGCAUACUCUAGUGCAUAUUUUAAUGUAUUUAAAAUAAAAAAAAACAGUGCAAUGUGAAAGCGUAGCUGUGAUUGUAUAUAAGUUAUUGAAACAAAAUUUUCAUUUUGCACUCUUAAGCAGGGCUGUGGAGUCGGAGUCGAAGAGUCGGAGUCGGACUGAUUUUGGGGUAAAGGAGUUGGAGUCGGAGUCGUUAGAAAACAUGCCGACUCCGACUCCGGGUUUCUUUUUUUCUUUCCUUUUCCCUGACUCUCCUUGCAUUUUUUAAAAACGGACUACCAAUUGGUUCGAUUACAUGUAUAAAAAGAUACUAAUAAGGAAAUAACUGCCACUAUGGCAAUCAGCUAGCUUGAGUGCUUAUCGAACUUUCUGUAGCUGUCCCCUAGU